AGUUUCACUCUCAUACCGUCCAGGAUUUGCGAUGAUCUUCUUCUGUACAGUAAAACACUCGUACAGGAGCGCAGCACUUCAUGUGUUCUUCAUCUGCGCUGUGGUUGUGCUGUGCUCUGGUCUGAAGGAGAGACUCCCGCUCGAACCCAUCGACUGCUCUCUGUCUGAGUGGUCGGCAUGGACCCGCUGUGACCCCUGCCUAAAAAAGAGGUUCCGCUACGCUACACUGAUCCAGCCGUCUCAGUUUGGAGGGGAGGCGUGUAAUGAGCUCGGCCAGGAGGAGGAGUCGUGUACGCCGCCCUCGCGCUACUCAUGUCAGAGCCCGACGCCACCCUGCCAGGGCAUCCUGUGUCCAGGAACAGGCCGCUGUGUGCUGGAGAGUCUGCGCUGUAACGGUGACGACGACUGUGGUGAUGGAGCCGAUGAGCUCGGCUGCAGAAAAGUUUAUAAAGCCUGCAACCAGCCGACCGAGGAGUACUACGCCAUCGAGAACCUCGCCAAAGGGAUCAAUGUGCUGAACAGUAACUUGGAAGCUGCUGUGCUGGAUAAUCGUUACUAUGCCGGUGGCUGUUUACCACAAUUCAUCCAGGACCAGCGAUUCAGGAAACCCUACAACCUUCAGCAGUACACCUUACAGACGAAAGGCUCACACGAUUUCAAGAUGGAAGCUUAUGAAUCAUACACAGAGUUUUCUACACACACGAUGAAAGCCACCAUGUCCAAGACCACGGUCUCCUUCAAGUUUGGUAUACCCGGGGUGUUUGAGCUCGGGUACAACUACGACGACAGCAAGUACAAGAAGUCUGUGGAGAAGCUGCGCAGUUAUUCUGGCACGAAAAGAAAGUUCAUCCAUGCCCACUCUCAGCUGGAGCUGGCACGCUAUGCCCUGAAAGCAGAAAAUCUCGUGCUGCACCCGGGUUUCCUGUCCCGCCUCCGGGCUCUGCCACUCGAAUACACGUACGGUCAGUACCGGCAACUGUACAGCGACUUUGGUACUCACUACAUCACGGAGGCCACGCUGGGAGGAGACUUUGACUACACGCUCAUCCUGAACGAGGAAAAAAUGGAAAAAUCUAGCUACAGCUUAAAUGAUGCUAAGACCUGCAUCCAACAGGGCUUUAACAUCGGGGUGAACAUCCAGGGUGUUUACGUAACUGCAGGAUUGGAGGGUGGAGGCUGUGAUGCCCUGCUGAAUGAGUUUGGUGACAGCACCAAGAGCUCGUCAGUGAUUGAUGAUUAUGUUGCGGUGGUGAGGGGUGGAGACAGUGAGACCGUCUCGCGACUGGCCGCCCGUCAGCUGCCCUCACCGGACAUUAUGCAGCUGUGGGGGGAAGCAGUUCACUACAACCCCGACUUUAUCCAGACCAAGAUGGCACCACUGUAUGAGCUGGUGACGCCACGGGACUUCACCAAUGCCAACACACUAAAGAAGAACCUAAGACGGGCACUGAAUGAGUUUCUGAGUGAGAGCAGCUCAUGCCGCUGUGCCCCCUGUCUUAACAAUGGAGUCGCUUAUCUUAAAGGUACCCGGUGUAAGUGUAUCUGUCCUGCUGGAUUUAGUGGGCUGAGCUGCGAAAAAACUCAAAGACCAGGAAUAGCAGUGGACGGUCAGUGGAGGUGCUGGUCCGAAUGGUCGGCCUGCGCCGGUCAGUCCAAACGGCGAACUCGUCAGUGCAACAAUCCAGCACCUCAAAACGGUGGAGUGACGUGCCAGGGAAUAAAUGAAGAAACCACGGACUGUAUUCAGCUUUGAUUGGUCCUUACACUCGCUGUUGUGCAUGUUUCUACUUUUAUUUAGGCAGGAUGAAAGAAUGUGGAACGUUCCAGAACUUCCAAACCACUGAGAGCUUAUAUAAAUAAAAAACUAAACUGCAUUUA